CGUCUUCUGGGCCACAUCUUCAAACGACAGCAGUUCUCGUCUUGUUGAGGCAUUGUAUCAAACACUUUCUCGGCUUAGUCUCGCAUAUUCACUGGUAACCCAGCAACCAUGUCGCUCAUCCCAAGCUGGUUCGGCGGCCGUCGCAGCAACGUCUUCGACCCUUUCUCCCUCGACCUCUGGGACCCCUUCAAGGAAUUCCCUUUCCCUUCCUCGUCCCUCUCCGCCUCUAAUUUCCCCCAGACUAUCCGGGAGAACACCGCCUUCGUGAACACGAGGAUCGACUGGAAGGAGACCCCGGAAUCCCACGUGUUCAAGGCGGAUCUCCCCGGGCUCAAGAAAGAGGAAGUCAAGGUGGAGGUCGAGGACGACCGGGUGCUCCAGAUAAGCGGCGAGAGGAACGUGGAGAAGGAGGACAAGAACGACACGUGGCACCGGGUGGAGAGGAGCAGCGGGAAGUUCAUGAGGAGGUUCAGGUUGCCCGAGAACGCGAGGAUGGAUCAGGUGAAGGCGGCGAUGGAGAACGGUGUGCUCACCGUCACUGUGCCCAAGGUGGAGGAGAAGAAGCCUGAGGUCAAGGCCAUCCAGAUCUCCGGUUGAGUGUUGGUGAACUAUGUAUGGUCCUCGUUGCGACUUGUGUGUGUAUGUAUAGAGCGAGUGUGUCUGUGUGUGUAUGUUGUGUUCUGUGCGGGUUUCGGCUUGGCGUGUUCUGAGUUGGGAGUCUCGGUCCUCUUGUGUGCGAAAUGGCCAUGUAUCGUAACUAUUUUGAGUCUGUGACUCUACUGGUAAUGACUAAUGAGAUCUGAUGUUGUGAUUUC